AUGUACUUGGAAUUCUGGAACGAGGAGAUGACGUCGUCGUUCCAUCCUCUCGCUCCUCGCAACCGUCUGUACUUUCGGCGGGUUGGCUCCGCUGUGAUCUGUCCCCUCCAUCGUCGAUCGUCGAUCAUCGAUCAUCCUCCAUGGACACUGUUGCUCUUUCGAUUAGCACCGUCGCUCGAGCAGGCAGAAUAUGGGCCGCACGUCCGACCAGCUGGCGUGCGGCCUCAUGCGCUUCGGGCGACCAGUGCGACACGCGCGAUGGGCGUGCGCGACGUGUCAUCAUCUCUCAGAGCGGUAGUCCUACUGGUCCGUCCCGCACCCAUCCCGCUCUUCUUCGCGCACGAAUGUGGCAGAGUGCCGUACCAACUGAGCUCGUGA